AUAUCGUCAUGGCACAGAAAACACUCAUACCGGAAGUCUGGUUCGAUCUUCGCAUAUAAAGUUCAUUAGGGGGACUAUGGUUCCCAUCGGCUCUUCACGCUAAUUUCGAACCUUCUACACGACGACGUUAACGCUGGUCUUACGUCUCACAUCGCUGUCCUUUUUAAUUGUCUUCACCAAGAGUCCUCUCGAUAUUGCGCCUCAUCAUAGUAACUCUCCUAUCUUGCCGCAAGGAUGGGCUCUGUUAUCUCCGCUUUUUCUACUGCAGCUGCAGCCGUGAUCCCCCUCAUUCUUAAUGCUAUAAGGAGCAGCAAAGUCCAGGAAAGCCCCACGUUGUUCUCGAUCUCGGAGCAUCAUAGAACAGUUGAGGCUGCAGAAAACGAGGCUCGCCGUCGUGUUGAGCAGUUGGAGAGAGAGAAGAAGGAGCAAGCCAAUAAAGCUGAAAAGGAGAAAAAGGCAGCAUUGGAGGCGAUUCGACGUUCCAACAAGCUGCGGGAGGAGGUGAAGGAAAAAGAAAAAGUGGUGAAAGAGACGAUGGAAAUUCAGAAGGCGAUGGAGGCGAAGUGGAAGAAGGGCGUUCACCCAGUCGAAUGGCCUUCUCGAGAGCAGUACGACAUGGUCAAGCGGCGUCUUUACCAGGAUGGGAAAUUCCACCUUGCUAUCGCUGGCAAAUCGGGAACGGGCAAGUCAUCACUUAUCAACGCCUUUCGAGGUAUAUGGGAUGACGACGAGGGAUCCGCCGCCACUGACGUCGUCGAAAGCACCACCAUCGUAACCCCAUACCCUGAUCCUAACCCUGCCAACCCUUUUAUAUGGUUCGACAUUCCAGGUUCGGGAACGGUCGACUGCCCUGAUUGGACGUAUUUUAACGACCAAGGUCUCUAUAUCUUCGACGCCAUCGUUGUUCUUCUGGGCGACCGUUUUACAGAUGGAGAUCUUGCGAUUCUGAAAAACUGCAAGCGAUACAGCAUUCCUACCUAUAUCGUUCGUUCGAAGUCUGACAGACACAUCGACGAACUUGUCAAGAGAAAGAAGAGACGUGCUGGUGCGCGGACUGAUCUAGAGAUUGGUGCCGAGGCACGUACAGAGUACCUUGACAAAACAAAGAAGACCGUCCAGAAUAAUUUGUCGAAGGCCGAUCCCCCCCUUCCGUCCCAGAGGGUUUACGCCGUGUCUCGGGAUGUACUCACUUCGGUGGUCAAAGAACAGCCCAUCAGCAAAGAUGCUGUCGUUCUUGAUGAGCACGAGCUACUGAAGGACAUGCUUCAGGAUGCGUAUUCUCGACGUUCUGAGAAGUCCUGGCGUGUCAUGCAGGAUCUCAUAAAGAGGGCUGGUGUAGAGGUUUUCCGCUAUCUCAGUCCGACUAUGGAGCCGAGGUCCCGACGUCUUGGUAGUCCGAAUAUGUCCAUUUUGAGUCUGUCCUGACUACAUAUCUUCAUCCAGCCAUAUAUUUCUUUUGUACUGACCUAUCGCGAUUUCGCGCUCCUUGUGUUGUGAAAUUGUCACUAUUAAUUCCAAAUUCCAAUUCAAUAUCUACAUACCUUCUCUGUUUGCAGACAAAUGCUUGUCCUCAACAGCGAUAGCUCGAAAGUGAACAGUCAUGCAACAGCCCCAAGGCUCGGCUAUGAGUGGCGCCGAUACCACCAUCAAUACCGCCACCUUAGGAUCACCUCGGUCCUCGUGCGACGUGGACCCUUCCACCUACUAGUCACCUCCACUACUUACUAGUCGCGUUCACCACUAACAACCACACUGCACGACGACCACAAAUGCCCUCUCCUUUGACUACUAUUAUCUCGCGCAGAUACUUAUCCCUAAUCCCCGUCGCGAUGUUGUGACUCCUGGUAAGUUUUUGGGUU